AUGGAACACAACUUUGCUGAAUAUUCUUUAUUCCAACAAAGUGACCAUGAGUUUGCCCCUUUAAGGGCAUACCCAGACAUUUCCAUGGCAUCAGACAGGUUUCACUUUCCACUCCAGGAUGCUACUACUCAGGCCUCUGAGCGUGGCUCACUGUCCCAGCACCCUUUGGCUCAGGCAACUAUCCUUUCUGAAGAAGGAGCAAGCGGCUGCUCUCUGUCCCAGCACAGUUUGUCACCAGGGGAUGAAGGCAGACGAGAGGAAAUAGUUCAUUCCCUACUGACUGCCACCACUGACAGACAGGGAGGACCAUCCAAAGAUGAUGCAAGUAGCAAAGAGAAAGUCUCGGUGACACUUACUAACACUCUAGACAAGCUAGUAGGAAAGGCUGUAGAAGAUGAGACCUUCUUUCUGAAUAAGGAUAUUCCUGCCCAGCAGCUUCUGGAGAUCCUUCAGAAAGAUGUUGGGAUGCCUAGUAGCAGUAGUAGUGCUGUUUCCUCUGCUUCUGAGACAUCUGUGAAGAGCAUUGCAUCUUUUUCCAAAAACUCUAAAAGUAGCAAAGGCUCCAAACCAGGCAUUGACCAAAGCAUGGUUAGAAGAGAAGGUCCUCCAGGUGAAGCUUCUCUUCCACAACAACAGACAAAACAACCGGACAGAGUUACAAACCCUGACCAAUCACGAACACUGUCAUCUGAGGUCUGUAAUAUCACUGUGGGUUCCCGCAGCACUCAGCCUGAUAACAGUAGUGAAGUGUUACACAGAGAGCUAUUGUCUGAGGUAGAGAGGCGCAGCAGCCAUGAAGCUGAAUCUAAAAACCAACAGUGGAAAGGUCCUUCACCUGGUCAGUGUCUCACUCCAUAUCCCACAGAAACAUCUGAAAGCAAGCCAAGUGUAACUCGAACAAAUCUGGGUGGCAUGCCAUGGACAGGGCCGUUUUCAGCAGGGGUUGAACGGGUUCAGAGAGAGCAAGAUCUUUGGUCCUCAGGUAACCAAACAGGGAUUGAUGGGUCCUACCUAGGUUUCCUUCCGCAGUCUCAGUCCACGCCAGGGGUUUUUAAGGCCCCACCCAAAUCCAAUGUCAAGGCUACAUUUGGGCAACUUUCUGCCAUAGAGUCCAGUAAAGAGAACUCCUAUCAGUCAAGCACAGGGAUCUCUCCACAUCCAGCUGUUCCUGAGGCUGACAUCCAUUGCCCAGACACAGCAAAUCAGUGCCAAGAGGAACAUACCUCUUCAAAAGUCCAGUCUCUUCCGAGUCUCAACUAUCUGCAGAAAGUCGACGCUUGGAGGGCAAAUCAGAGUUCUGGCAAAACGUCACUGUUUGAUAGCCUGGCGUUGCAGGGAUUUUCUGGUAUCUCUCCCAAAAAGAAAGCUUAUGAUGCAGUAUCUGACACCCUGAAUCACAUCCUGAGUCAGCAGGCAAGGAAUUUACAACAGCCUCCUGUUUCAAGUGCCUCCAAUCAGAAUGUCAUACAGAGCUCCUCUACGGCUCCUUCUGGCUCCUCUUCCCAAAGAAGAGGGGAGGCAGUGGGCAGUGCGCCUAGUGACAAAGAUAACACUGGGUCUGCAGCAAGACCCUCUGCCUCACCCUUUGGCAGGUCGCAGUCCCACUCCUCUCUUAGCACAGUUGUCAUGUCGGUGCAGAAAGAUCAGCAGACGAGACCUGCAGAAAAAGAGAAGAGUCAGACUCAGGAUGAUGUCCAUCAUCAGCCGAGUACCACAGCUCAACCCUUACCUCUCAUAAGCCUCGGUCAGUUCAGUGAUGUGUCAGUUGAUAGAGACUUUACUCUUUCAAGUUCCCAAGAUAGUUACAACAGUGGAAUUAAAUUGGGAGCUUCCAUUGGAGCCUCUUCAGUCACCAGCCUAGAGGUUGAUAAUUAUGCCCCAUACUGGACUUCAAAACUGUCAACACCACCACCUCUGCCCAGACCGCGAGAGCUCAACAUUGAAGAACGAAUUCCGUUGUAUCUCCAUAAUCUGGGUAUUGACCAGUCUCCUUCAACAAUCUUGACUCCAUUUGCGCCCAGAGGGCCAAUCAGAGAACCUGAAUUCUCUCCUACUGAUCUCUGUACAAUUAAAGGAUCCAUUGGAACCCCAACCAAGAGCACACAACCAUCUGAAGGUGGCAGUCCUCAUAAAGGAGAGUUUUCCAGGUCCAGUAUUCUGUCAGUGGACUCCACUGUAUCCAUACCGUUGAGCCUGGACAGUCUUGCUCCAGCUGUAUCCAUCCCAGAACACACCAGGCGGGCUUCUCCUUCUACUCCAUCAGAUACAGAAGCUAUUCAGAGUAAAUACAGACGGGCACAGUCCUCCCAGCCUGAUCAAGACUUCCUCUCCUCCAGACUGCAACCCUGCCAGCAGCAGCAAAAGGACAGUGGUAUAGCCGUCAGCCAGAAUGCUGUCCAGCUUGGAGAGAGGUUUGACUCUGACCUCUUGUUAGCUACUAAGGUGAGGUGCGGGGAAAGAGACUUGGAGUCACCCUUGCAAAUGAGCCAUCGUUUGGAGCAAAGUGCAAAAGAUCCUUUUAUUAACUCUAAGGCCUUGGGGGAGAUCCGUAAACUACUCUCUCAGGUGGAGAAAGUGGUGUCUCCUGGGUCUUCCACAGCUUCCUCCGCUUCCCCUGCAGCGCCCCGUCUGCUGUCUGAUGAUGACAUUUUCCUCUCAUUGAGGAAGAACACCAGCAGACUCCAGGAGUCCUCAUUCUCCUCCUUCUCUGCAACAGACCCCAGAACUCAUUCCUCCUUGCUGUGGGCCAGAUCCUCGUCCGAUUCCAUGUUAACCUCAGAGAAACCAAGGCAAAGCUCUAUAGGUCGAGAGAAUCUGACCUCAUCAUGGCAACCUGAUUAUCCAUCCACGCAGUCUCUAACCACUGCACCUGCUGCAGGAACAUACAAAAGGCUACAAGACAGUGCUGUGAGUAGAGGUGCAGAGACAUCUCUUCUUCUUUCCAAAUCAGCCCGGCGGGCUGAGCCUGAGGGCUGCAGCGCUGCACCUCCUGACAACAAAGUCCCAACGCAGCCACCAGUCAUCAAACCUCUGCCAGCUGUGAGUACACAACAGCUCACCUCAACACCUACAGAGACGGCGGGUGUCCCAGAGGAGGAAGAAAAGACUUCUUUUGGAGGUCCUGUACAGAGCAGUUCCUCAUCACCCACCCUGGAGGACACCGAUCAGGGAGUGAUGAGUGAUGGAAGCAGUGACAGUUCACUGGCAGUCAGAGUGGCCAAGUUACUCCAGAGUGAAUCUCCAGCCACUAUGGUGUCCAGUACACCAAGCAUCACUGACCAAGAGGAGAACAAAGCAAGAGAGUGGAUUAAGAUGAAGAUAUCUGGACAGCAGUGUGAACCUCUGGAGUUGGACCAAGAAGACAGAAAGCGAAUUGAAGAGAUCAAGAGAGAGCUGCUGUUAAAAUACCCGAUGAAGAGCCAGUUGAGCACAGAUACAGAGAGCAGUGCAGCAUCCAGUGUAAGAGUCCCGAGGGGGCAGGACCCACCUCAGCCUGCAGAGACAUUCACCGCCCACAGUGAUGCGAACAACCAGCUGUCACAGCCGGUGCAAGGCCUCAGCACGAACCUCUCAGAUUCCUGUCUGCAGCUUCAAAGCUCUCUUCACCCAGAUCUAGAAGCUCAAGUACUGAAGAUAGCUGCCAGAGAAGGAGUAACCCUCCCUAGAACAAACCCUCGGGCCCUCACAUCCAUCACCAUCGCCACCCGCAAGCGUUCCACCUCACCCUCUCCUUCCACGUCACCUGCUCCUCCCAUCAGCCCAGCCCCAGAGCCUCUCCACCUGACCGAGCUCUCCACAGGAACAGUCGAAUGUCCUCAGGCUAAAAGGCCCGCUGCUCAGAAUGAAGACGAUAAGACAACAAGAGAGCCAGAAUCAGUGUUUGAACCGAACAGCAGUCUCUACACCAGAAAACAAAGUCUAAAUGCUCAGUUAAUGUCAGGAAAUCAGAAGAGACAAGAUGCUGUUGGAUGUCAGUUUGAAGAACCUCCUCCACCCUCACAGGGUUUGAAUAGAGAGGAUGUGAAUGCAAAAGAAGACAACACACCGUCUUUUCGGAGAGAUGAUGAGUUAUCCAUUCAGGACAGCUCUGUUUCUGGUUCUCAUGGAGCUGAGCAAACUGCAAGCUCAUCCACAUCUGAAUCCCCCGCCAGGACAGGUCACGUCUCACAUGUCCAUCUCACCCUGUCCCCGAAAGCCACGGAUCACAACUUGGCGAUUGCUGUGCCCCCAAGUCAUGCUGAUGCUGUUGCGGGGAUGCCACGUAGAGAAUUUGUUCCGCUCAGACACUCUCCAUCUGCUGCCAGCAGUCCGGACGAAGGCGUUGGUUUGUCCAGUCCACCAGAGUGGUACGAGACCCCAGAGCCAAAAAGACAGCAGGGGCAUGAAAGAGUGGGCACCUCAUCCCUGUUUAAAGCUGCUGUACCUGCGGGGAGAAUGGCCUCCACAUCCAAACAAUCCUUUACACCAUGUUACAGAGCUGAAGCUUCUCAAGGACCCUUAACCACUGAAUCACCAGCAGUGCCUGUCCUGCUGCCAUAUAAACCCCGGGGCAGCGAGGAGCUCUUCUACGUCCCUCAAGCAGAAGCUGACGUCUCCUCUACAGGCCCUUCGGACACCACCAUGGAGAGCUCACACACAGGCUCAGACGACGCUGUGCCCCCACGCUUCAGCAGUGAGGUCCUCGGGCACCAGGACCCGGGGUUGGACCGUGGAGUCACCAUCAGACACACAGAGGGGAUCUACAGCAAGAGGUUGAAAACAGCCACCUUCAAAAUGCAAGCACCUGGACACAGAGGCGCCUCUGUGAUAGCAGACAAAAGUUCACAAACAAGUCUGAGCCAAACUCCAAAGACGUCUUCUCAAGUAUCCCUUGCCUUUACCAGAGUGCCUUUAUCGAGCAACCAAGAAUCGUCCAAGAGAGACCGUGGGACCAGCCCACUGCAGUUUCUUCAUUAUAAUCAACCAGAGCCAAGUCGUGAGAGAUUUCAGCCAGUUCAUGAGGAAAUGGAUGAAGAUGAGGCGAGCCAUCACCUGGACCAAAGCCCUGACCCUCAGAAAGGAGGAGAGCGUGACCAGCAGAGGAGGGACCCCGACCUCCCUCACCCUGCUUCCCAGCAGAGCAACAGCAGUCUGGACGAGCUGUGGCAGAGGUUCUGCGAUCGGUGGACCAUCGAAGAGUCCCGUCCAACAAGAGAGGCAUCGCUGCUGGAGCGGCUAGAGCGCCUGUCUCGUCUUAUUCAAAGCACCAGGGGCACCGAUAUGUCAGAAUCACAGGACGAGGAAUAUCAUGAUCCUUACAGCACAAAACAGAGGCGAGGAAGGAGAGGAGAGGAUGCUACAAGGGAAGAGAAAAGGCGGGACGUCAGAGAGGGUAAAAAGAGUUUACAUGCUGAGGCCAGAGAGUGGAAAGUCAGAGGAAGUAGAAAAUUUGAUGAAGAACCUCCCGUCGCUUGUCAGCCCUGGACGCAGAAAACACCUGAACCUUUAGACCAGGACAGUCGCACCUCCCUCACCUCCAGCCUCUCCCACAGCUCCUCCCAGAGUCAGCACCUCUGUCUCGCAGACAGAGACAAGUCAGAGACUUUGUCCACCUUAUCCGGCUCCAUGUCCACCGUCGACACGGCCCGCCUGAUCCGAGUCUUUGGCGCCCACAGAGUCCAGCACCUGAAAACCAGCUCCAGCCUCAGUAAACUUUACGACACGAUCAACAAGCAGAAAGAUGGGAGGGAGCAGAGGAGAGGGAGAAACAAAGAAUCUCUGUCCAUCAUCACACCAUCAGAGACCAUCGGCACUGAUGAAGCCUCAGUUGCUGCUGAUUCUGCAUCUUCAACCAGCACUUCCUCCCUCCCACUGCAUCGUGGACCCACCAAGACUCUGGCAGCGAAGAAGGCCGUUAAACUGGUCAGCAAAGGCAUCCAGACAGCAGGUGACCUGGAGAUUGUUAGUAACGGGACUCGACGCCACACCAGAGAUGUUGGAACCACGUUCCCCUCGCCUCGUGAAACCAGAGCUUCGAGGCAGAAUUCAUCUUCCUCCACAAGUGUAGAGAGAGGAAGAGGAGGGCGGAGGAGCCCCUCUAAAAUUCAGUCCUCAGAAAAGCAGAGAAAGAGCAAGCGGAGCCCAUCUAAGCCCUACCCUGAAGGCGUUUCUUGGUUCAUCUCUGCUGACGACGUGAGAUCGGAGGCAAGGAAGGAGAACCAGCAGGAGGAGGAGGAGUCGACGUGGAGGCCGAGCACCGCCUGGUUUGAACCGUAUAGCAGAAUACACCCGUGGAGAGAACCGCUCAGACAGAGACAAGUCCAUGAAGAACUAAACAAACAGUCUAACUUCAUACAUUGUGCUGAACCUGAUCCAGAUCUGAGAACCAAAACAAUGUCCUCUGGUCUGGCACACGUCUCUCUCCAGGAGGCUCUGGAGACGCGCCGUCCAGAGUUCAUCUCUCGGUCCACACAGAGGGUGAAGCGUCUGGCUCUGCAGGUGGAGGAGAGGAAGCUACAGGCCGUCUUCACCAGAGAGAGACACGAUCUCAUCAACCAGCACGGAGGACCGGGGAGGCUGCUGAAGCCUGCAGGCACUGCUCUGCUCAGGAGAGCUGUUCCCAGGAAGGAGAUGAUCCAGAGAUCCAAACUGAUCUAUGAGAAUCUUCCGGAGGUGCAGAGGAGGAGAGAGGAGGAACGAAGGAAAACAGAGUACAGAUCUUACCGGCUGAACGCCCAACUCUACAACAAGAGAAUCACCAACCGUGUCCUGGGCAGACAAACAGCAUGGCAGUGAUCAAACGGAUCAGCAAAACUUUUUUACUGUAAAUUAAAUCAGUGACGUGAAAACAUUUUUAACAACUUUAAGAACAAAACUACCUAAUUUAACUAAAAACAUGCUUUUAUUUAUUAGUGACCAAAUUGUUUGUAGUUGGUAUUUUAAAGAUUAUGUUGAGAAGUAAAUUCUACUCAAACAGUAGCAUCACUGACAUGUUUGACUUGUCACUUAGAGACCAGUGUAUUGUUUUAGCUGGUUUGACUAAAGAAUGUAUUUUAAUGUGAAAAAUAAACCAG